AUGAGCACCCUCGAAGAGCUGCUGUUUGGAUUGCUCUGCAGAGGGAAAAUGUGCCAAAGAAAAGGCUUGGAGAAUCACACCGUUGGAUCUGGAUUCGUUCUUCUGGCAUUCUGUGACCACUCCAACCUGCAGGGCCUGUGCUUCCUGGUGUUCCUGCUCAUCUGCCUGGUGGUGCUGGCAGGGAACAGCCUGGUUGCCCUCCUCACUGUGCUGGACUCCAGCCUGCACAGCCCCACGGACUUCUUCCUGAGGAACUUGUCCUUCCUGCAGGUCUGCUACACCUCCGUCACUCUGCCAAAAAUGCUGCUGUGUCUCCUGAGGGCAGAUGGCAGGAUCUCCUUCCCUGGCUGUGCUGCCCAGCUGUAUUUCCUGGUUCUGCUGGGCAGCACCCAAAGCCUUCUCCUGGCUGCCAUGGCCUACGAGUGCUGCAUGGCCGUGUGCCACCCCCUGCCCUGUCCCCUGGCCAUGAGCAGGGGGCUCUGCACCAGGCUGCUGCUGGGCUCCUGGGGGGCUGUGGCACCAGUGCAGGUAGGACAGACCUACCAGCUGUUCCCUUUGCCCUUCUGUGCAUCCCAUGACCUUCCUCACUUCUUUUGUGACGUCCCCCCACUGCUGGACCUGGCCUGUGCAGACACAUUCUGGAACCAAGUGGGGCUGCACACCAUCACCCUGGUUUUUAUAAUCCUUCCCUUCUGCUUAAUAGUUCUGUCUUACACUCAAAUCAUCAGGGCAAUUCUGAAAACCCCCUCAGUUCUGGGCAGGCACAAAGCCUUUUCCACCUGCUCCUCACACCUCGGAGUGUUGACACUCUUCUAUGGCUCAGCCACAGUCAUCUACUUAAAGGGACACUCGAGAGAUUCUGGAGAUCCUGACAAAUACUCUGCCCUGUUUUGCACAAUU